CCUGCGCGGCGGCGCGCCCUGCGGCCCCGGACCGAGCGAGCUGGGGCGCGAGUGGCGAGCAGAGGCCGAGCGCGCCCGUCCCGUCGCGCGAUGCUGCCCUGGACGGCGCUUGGCCUGGCCCUGAGCCUGCGGCUGGCGCUGGCGCGCAGCGACGCGGAGCGUGGUGUCCCUACAUCGGCCUCCCAGGGGGACCUGCUGUUUCUGCUGGACAGCUCGGCCAGUGUGUCGCACUACGAGUUCUCCCGCGUGCGCGAGUUCGUGGGGCAGCUGGCCGCGCCCCUGCCCGUGGGCCCUGGUGCCCUGCGCGCCAGUCUGGUGCACGUGGGCAGCCGCCCGCACACUGAGUUUUCCUUUGACCAGCACAGCUCUGGCGCAGCGGUGCGGGAUGCGGUGCUGGGGGCGGCCCAGCGCAUGGGCGACACCCACACUGGCCUGGCACUGGCCUAUGCCAAGGAGCAGCUAUUCUCCGAGGCAGCAGGGGCCCGGCCAGGGGUGCCCAAGGUGCUGGUGUGGGUGACUGAUGGUGGCUCCAGCGACCCCGUGGGGCCACCCAUGCAGGAGUUGAAAGACCUGGGUGUCACCGUCUUCAUAGUCAGCACCGGCCGCAGCAACCGGCUUGAGCUCCUGGCCGCCGCCUCCGCCCCAGCAGAUACACAUCUGCACUUUGUGGAUGUGGACGACCUGCCCAUCAUCGCCCAGCGGCUCCGGGGCGCCAUCCUCGAUGCGAUGCAGCCACAGCAACUCCGGGCCUCCGAGGUCACGUCCAGCAGCUUCCGCCUGGUCUGGCCGCCUCUGUUAGCUGCCCACUCGGGGUACUAUGUGCUGGAGGUGGCGCCCAGCGCACAGUCAGGGAUCCCACUGCGCCAGCAGCUGCCCGGCAAUGCCACCGGCUGGGUCUGGACAGGCCUGGACCCGGACACGGACUACGAUGUGGCGCUGCUGCCCGAAUCCAACGAGCAACUGGUGGCGCCGCAGCGCCUGCGGGUGCGCACGCUGCCACUUCCAGAGGAGGCCGGACCCGAGCGCAUCGUCUUCUCGCACGCCAGACCGCGGAGCCUCCGCGUGAGCUGGACCCCGGCGCUGGGCUCGGCCUCGGCGCUGGGCUACCACGUGCAGUUUGGGCCGGUGCGCGGCGGCGCGGCCCAGCGCGUGGAGGUGCCAGCGGGCCAGAACAGUACCACGCUGCAGGGCCUGGCGCCCGGCACCACCUACCUGGUGACGGUGACCGCGGCCUUCCGCUCGGGCCGCGAGCGGGCGCUGUCCGCCAAGGCCUGCACGCCCGAGGGCCAACGGCGCGCGCGCCCCCUUCCGCCGGCAGCCGCGACCCUGGAGCCCUGAGCCCGCUGCCCACCCAGCCGAGGGCCCCCUUGCCCAGCCUAGGCGGGUGGCACCCGCUUCGGAGGCAGGAUUUUGCCCGGGGGCCGGAGUCGCGACCCAGUCUACUUCAGCGUGACCCCCAGCCCCGGCCCCGCCGCCCGGCUCGCCUGCCGUGGCCGCUCCACCCUUCCCAGCCCAGAACUGGACACAGCGCCGACCUUGGGACCUGGGCCACAGCACUGGGUGGGGGACCCGACCUUCCACAUGAACGUGUGGUCAGGGUGGUGCUGGUGAGUGCGAGGGGCCCAACCCGGCCACGCAGGACCAUGACACAGGCUGCAGGGAAAAUGGCCACGCAGGACCAUGACACAGGCUGUAGGGAAAAAAGACGUGCAGGCCGGGCUGGGAGCCUGGCUGGGUGGACGUCAUAGUCUUCACCAGGAGGCUCAGAUGGGGGGAUGGGGGGCGCUGCCCUCCUGCCCAGGACCCCAUGAGUCUUAGAGAGCACUUUGAGAACGACCCUGGGACCACAGCCAGUGAGCUCCGAAGACGGGCCAGCGCUGCUGGGAGCCGGUGCUGGAAGGGGGCGCUGCAGCCACUGGGGUUCUCUGCAUCUCUCCUGACCCCACCCCAGAGGACAUCCAAGGAUGGGCAGCACUUGGCGGGCACCCCGGCCCCCCUCUGCUUGACUCAAUACUCACUUUGCCCUCUUGUCCACUAACGCCCAGACCCCAAAUACAGUCGUAACGCCCCAGACCCCAAAUACAGUCGUAUGCCAGCCA